UUUUCUCUCCGUUCGCUUCACACCACCGGCAGGAGCGGCUGCCAAUGAGCUCCGCCGAGUAGCAGAGGGGGCAGGGCCAGCUCUUAAAGGAACCGCGACCUCUUAGCAGACCGGAGGGUGACCCGGAUGAUGGCGGCCGGAGCGGCCCUGGCCUUGGCCCUAUGGCUACUACUGCCGCCGGUGGGGGUUGGGGGGGCAGGGCCCCCACCGAUCCAGGACGGCGAGUUCACGUUCCUGCUGCCUGCGGGGAGGAAGCAGUGUUUCUACCAGUCUGCGCCGGCCAACGCAAGCCUCGAGACCGAGUACCAGGUGAUCGGAGGUGCUGGGCUGGACGUGGAUUUCACGCUGGAGAGCCCUCAGGGCGUGCUGCUCGUCAGCGAGUCCCGCAAGGCAGAUGGGGUGCACACGGUGGAGCCCACGGAAGCUGGGGACUACAAGCUGUGCUUUGACAACUCCUUCAGCACAAUUUCUGAGAAGCUGGUGUUCUUCGAACUCAUUUUUGACAGCCUGCAGGAUGACGAGGAGGUCGAGGGCUGGGCAGAGGCUGUGGAGCCUGAGGAGAUGCUGGAUGUCAAGAUGGAGGACAUCAAGGAGUCCAUCGAGACCAUGAAGACCCGGUUGGAACGUAGCAUCCAGAUGCUGACGCUCCUGCGGGCCUUUGAGGCACGUGACCGCAACCUGCAGGAGGGCAACCUGGAGCGGGUCAACUUCUGGUCCGCGGUGAACGUGGCAGUGCUGUUGCUGGUGGCCGUGCUCCAGGUCUGCACGCUCAAGCGCUUCUUCCAGGACAAGCGCCCUGUGCCCACGUAGCCCCAGAAGGAAGAACAGGGAAAGGAGGGGCAGCA